AAAAGACCGAAAACUUCGUUCAAGUCCCAAUUUCUAUUCUAAUUUCUAACAAAAGAUAAAGCCUUUACCGCUGGAGAGAGAGAGAGAGAGAGAAAGUAAUCGCCAAAGAGGAAAACAAUAAUCUCCAUUGCCGCCGAUCUUUCUCGAAGAAGAAAUUCCGAAGAAGAGAGUUUCUUCACUGCGCUCGUUUCUUCCGAUCCGAUCUGUUUUGUCCCGUGAACGGAGUUUUUUUCCACAAAUACAUUCGCUUGUGGUUUUUUUUGACGACAUUUCUGCGCGUUUCCAGCUUGAGUGUAGCUGAAUCGGUGGCAUAAGGACCUGUUGUUGGUAAAGUUUGUUUCUUGGAAUAUUUUGCCUGCGAUUGGUGAAUUUUAGGGUUUUGUGGUGAUAUUUUGGAAUAUUGAGGAGACAAAGAUGUGGAUCGUUAGCUAGGGCUAGGGUUAGUGAAGUUAGUGUGUAGAUUUUUUGGUGUGUAUGAGGAUUUGCUGCUUUGCAUUUUUAUGCUUUGGAGAGAAAGAGGAGGACAGUGUUGCUACGUGUAAUUUAUGUUAUUUUUAUUGUCGGAAUAAGGAGGGCAGCUAUAUGAGGGAGAGCCUUUUGGGAAAUGCGAUCGAGGAUAUGGAUGAUAAUGAUUCUGAAUUAGGGUUUUGGGCUAACUUUCACAAUGGUGGUGGUAGUGGUAGUGGUUUAGGUCUACGGGUGGAUGGCGAGCGAGCUGACGAGGAGGAAACAAACGAAAUGUUUGAUCUUGAUGGCGAAUCGAGUAAAAAAAGUGAGGAUUUCCUGCUGUGGCUGAAUGACGUGAAGACUAGAGGUGCUGCUGAUGGCGCUAGUGGAAGUCAGGAGUUGAAAGUGGAUGUUAAUUUAAAUUUGGGAUUAGGCGGCGAGCCUUCAUCUUCGACAGCAAUGGUUGCCACGGGAAGAGAUAGUUCUGAUCGUGAUUCGCAGAAUAAACGUCCCAAAGUUCAUUCUUUUUCUCUGGACUGGGGCACUCAGUUUGAGAACGAAUUUCAUUACCUUCGUCCCCAUCACGACAAGUUUGAUGAUGGGGAUUUGCCUGAUUCUACUAUUGGCGGAGACGAUGCAACAAACAAUAUUGACGCUAAUAAGAUGGACAAUAUGGAAGUUCGGAUGGAUCUGACUGAUGACUUAUUGCAUAUGGUUUUCUCUUUCUUAGAACACAUUGAUCUUUGCCGAGCUGCAAGGGUUUGCCGGCAGUGGAGAGAUGCAAGUUCUCAUGAAGAUUUCUGGCGGUACCUGAAUUUUGAGAACUGCUACAUAUCCGUGCAGCAAUUUGAGGACAUGUGUCAUCGAUAUCCCAAUGCUACUGCAGUGAAUAUUUAUGGUACCCCUGCUAUCCAUCCCCUAGUGAUGAAAGCCAUCUCUUCACUUAGAAAUCUUGAGGUUUUGACCUUGGGCAAAGGCCAGUUAGGGGAAACCUUUUUCCAAGCAUUGACAGAUUGCCACAUGUUGAAGAGUUUAACUAUCAAUGAUGCUACGUUAGGUAAUGGCAUUCAGGAAACCCCCAUAUAUCAUGAUAGAUUGCGUGAUCUUCAGAUAGUGAAAUGCCGUGUGGUUCGCAUCUCUAUCAGGUGUCCCCAGCUCGAGACCUUGUCCCUAAAGCGCAGUAGUAUGCCACAUGCUGUUCUGAAUUGUCCCCUUUUGCGUGAGCUUGAUAUAGCUUCCUGUCACAAGCUUUCAGAUGCUGCAAUCCGGUCAGCUGUGACAUCAUGCCCACUCUUGGAGUCUUUGGACAUGUCCAAUUGCUCAUGUGUCAGUGAUGAGACACUACAAGGAAUAGCUCAGCAUUGUGUACAUCUCCGCAUUCUUGAUGCUUCAUACUGCCCAAACAUCUCUCUUGAAUCUGUGAGGCUUAACAUGUUAACAGUUCUGAAACUUCAUAGCUGUGAGGGUAUAACAUCGGCUUCAAUGGUUGCCAUAGCUUCCAGUUCUUUGCUUGAGGUUCUGGAGCUUGAUAAUUGCAGUUUAUUAACAUCAGUAUCUUUGGAUCUGCAACGCCUGAAGAACAUAAGGCUUGUACACUGUCGGAAAUUUAUUGAUUUAAAUUUAAGGAGCAGUGUGCUGUCAUCGAUCACAGUUUCUAAUUGCCCCUCGCUCCAAAGAAUCAGUAUUACAUCGAAUGCACUCAAAAAAUUAGUUUUGCAAAAGCAAGAAAGCUUAACGACCUUGGCCCUGCAAUGCCAUUCUUUGCAAGAAGUGGACCUCACUGAAUGCGAAUCUUUAACGAAUGCAAUCUGUGAAGUUUUCGGUAGUGGAGGAGGCUGUCCCAUGUUGAGAUCAUUAGUUCUUGACAGUUGUGAGAGAUUGACGACAGUUAGUUUCCAAAGUACAUCUUUGGUUAGUCUUUCACUUGGUGGUUGCCGUGCUAUAACCUCUCUUGAACUCAAAUGUCCUUACCUAGAGCAUGUCUCAUUAGAUGGCUGUGAUCAUCUUGAGAGUGCUUCAUUUUCACCUGUUGGUCUCAAGUCAUUGAAUAUGGGAAUAUGUCCCAAACUGAAUGUGCUCUAUGUUGAAGCACCAUUGAUGGUUUCACUUGAACUAAAAGGCUGUGGUGUAUUAUCUAAAGCAUUCAUCUAUUGCCCUCUUCUUACAACUUUGGAUGCAUCUUUCUGCAGCCAACUCCAGGAUGAUUUCUUAUCUGCUACAGCAUCUUCAUGCCCGCUUAUUGAAUCAUUGGUCUUGAUGUCAUGCCCCUCUGUUGGCCCUGAUGGUCUUUCAUCUUUACGCUGCCUUCUCAGCUUGACUUACCUCGAUCUUUCGUACACCUUUUUGGUUAAUCUGCAACCUGUUUUUGAUUCGUGCUUGUAUUUGAAGGUUCUGAAAUUGCAAGCAUGCAAGUAUCUUAGUGACACAUCGUUGGAGCCUCUUUACAAAGGCAAUGCUCUCCCAGCUCUCUGUGAAUUGGACCUGUCGUAUGGCAUGCUCUGCCAGUCAGCGAUAGAGGAGUUGCUUGCUGGUUGUAGGCAUUUAACUCAUGUCAGCUUGAAUGGUUGCGUCAACAUGCAUGACUUGGAUUGGGGGUUUCACCGUAGUGGACUAUCUGAUGUCAACAGUUCGCAUGAAUUGUUUGGUGGCUCGUCUGGGGAAAAUUUGCUUCUGCAUGAGCACGAACCUAACCGCCUGCUCCAGAAUCUUAACUGUGUUGGCUGUCCAAAUAUUAAAAAGGUCGUUAUUCCUCCUACAGCAAGAUGUCUACAUCUGUCUUCUUUGAACCUUUCAUUGUCAUCAAACUUGAAGGAAGUUGAUAUAUCAUGCUGCAAUUUGCUCUUCCUCAACUUGAGCAAUUGUAACUCUUUGGAAAUUUUGAAGCUUGAUUGUCCACGAUUAACCAGUCUUUUUCUUCAGUCUUGUAGCAUCGACGAGGAAGCUGUUGAAACUGCUAUAACUCAUUGCAAUGUGCUGGAGACGCUUGAUGUUCGUUUUUGUCCAAAGAUAUCUCCGCUGAGCAUGAGCACACUACGCCUGGCAUGCCCGAGUUUGAAACGGAUCUUCAGCAGCUUAGCAACGACGUAAUACAAUCAGAAUUAUAAGACAUUAAUAGAGCAUGAUUUUUCUCGGUCACAAUAGUAGCAUGUCUUAUCACCUUAUGCUGCAUUGGUGUAUAUAAUGAGUUUUUUUCUUUCUUAGGAGUUGGGACAUAUUAGGUUGUCUGUUGCUUAGAAAUGUUAUAGGUUUGAUUUUUUGUUGUGUGUGACUACUACAUUGUUAUAAUUUAUUUCAACUUUCACACUUUGCUAUUUUUCCA